CGCAACAAGCUGAUAGUUUUUCCCUGUCGCCGCAGGUUCGACGUAAACCAUCAAACUUUCUUGACACGAUGCCUAAAAAGAAGGACAAGAAAAGCAGCGACAACAGAGACGAUGAAAAGAAGACGACACAAAGAUCUGACGACAGAGAGAAGACGCUGUAUCUGACACAGAUACGAUAUUUGAACGAGCAGCUCGAGAGAUAUCAGCAGAAAUGCGAUGACCUCGAGAGGCAGAAGAAGGACUGUGAUUCUCAGUACAGUGCGCUGGAGACAGAGAAGAAGGACAUCAUCACAUAUCUGAAACGCUCCGUGUUUGAGAAGGAGGAGGAGAUGGAACAACUGUUGGAGCGGCUGGAGAGUCAGCGGCAGGCUGCAGAGAAGGACAGAGAAGACCUGAAGCUGCAGCACGAACAUCUGAGGCAAGAACUCCAGAACCGGAUAGAAGAUCUGAACCAGGAGAACCGCCUACUCGUGACGAGGCUGACGAGUCUGGAGGAGUUUCAGAGUCAGAAGAAUCAGCUGAUGUCCAACAUGGAGUCACUGGAGAAGAAGCUGAACAGUGAGAUGGACGACCACAAAGCCAACAUCCACAGCCUGGAAUUGAAAGCACUGAUGCAAAAGAAGAGACUGGAGAAAGAGAUGGAGAGUCAUGUCGCAGCCAUGGAAGUAGAGAUGCAGCAGCAGGUGGAUCAGAAGGUUCCUGAGAUGACCAGGCUGGCUCUUCGGGAGAACGCGGAGGUCAGGGUGCAGUUCAUCCAGCUGACGGAGCAGGCUCAGGUCCUGAUGAUGGAGAACUCAGGCCUACAGGGUCGCGUGCGUCAACUCAGCGCGGAUGUGGGGAACCUGGAGCAGAUGCUCAGCAAGUUGUCACGCAAGAGCUGCGUCCGCAAGAAGGUGGUGGAGCAGCUGAAAGAGAAAUGUCAGCAGCUGCAGGUGGAGCUGAAGGAUCUCAGAGAGGAACAUCAGCAGCUUCAGACCGAGCACCAACAAAUCCUGGAUGAGAUGAAGACGCUCAGACACGAGCGCUCCUCACUGUCCGCACAGUGCAGUAGGAACACCGCCGAGGUGACUCGUCUGGAGGCAGAUUUACAGGAAGUGAGGAGAGCGAGGAGUCGUCUGAGGAGCAUCAUACAGGAAGCGGCUGUCGCUCUCAGACAAGCUCUGAUGGGGGCACCGACGGCCAUGAACUCGGCAGCGGAGGCCAGUGUCUUGCAGUGGAAGCAGAUGAUGCAGACUGUGAUGAUGGUUCUGAGCAGCUCUGCCACUGAGAAAGUGACUGAGCUGCAGGUAGAGUGUGACCCUGCAGCAGCCAGAGCAGCGAGUCCGGGUCCAGCUUCGAGUGUCCAGUUUCAGCUCGCCCGCCACAGGCCCGGAGACCUGGGCUUCAUCCCGCCUCCUGCACUGAAACACAUUCUCCCAAAGACGGGACGUGGACCCAUGACGCAUCUGUGCAGGAAACCGUCCAGCCAGAAGACGACCGGAUUCAGGUGUCAGAGCACAACAAAGUCAAGUCAACAAACACAAAUGACCUCACACGGGUCCUCACUGACAACUCUCGGAAAGCCUUUCAAUUGUUAAGAGCACACUUUCUUAGUUCGGAUCUAACUGCAGUACAAGUACAAACAUGUCUAUUCAUGAAUCUAUGAAUGUCCAUAUCUAAUAUUUGAUAGCCUUUUUCACUUCUCUUUGAUAAUCAGAAUGACACUCUCUUCAGCGAUGAUCAGCCACUGUGUGUCAAAAUGUUUGAAUAUAAACAUAAAAAUUUAUCCACUGUGAAGUAAGCUUAUAAUUAGUGAUGCCUUCACAUGGACAGAACUUUGGUUUAAUCACUCAAAACACUGAAGGAAAUACCUAGGACUUCUAUAAAUAUCAAAUCAGAUGAUCUAAAUCAACACGUUUCUGUUUAUGUCUGACUUUGUUCCACCUUGCAAGAUUCUAUACAGUUUAAUUUCCCUUUAAUAUGAUUAAAUAUCCCUUCAAUGUGGUCGAUGUGCCUGAGGUUUGAGUGAUAAAAUGAAGGUGAGGCAGAUUUGUAUUCUUUAAUCAAGUUUAAUGUUAUAUGGCAAAGUCUCAGGCACGGCUGACGAUAAAAGUCGAGAGGAGGACAGUUUACGUUACACGAGCGACAGAAAAACAAACUGGACACGAAGACAAUGUGAGGAGAAUAACUAAACUCUACGGAUGACCGGCGUAUAGUAUGUACAAUGAAACACAUAUAUCAGCCCUUAAAAACUAUAUUUUGAUAAAUAUAUAACUUCAUGGAUCGUUAAGUAGUAAUAGGUAAUAUUAAAAAUACUGUGAUUCUUCUCUUUAAAUAGAUACAAAGGAUUUGUAUAAAAGUACAGUUUCUCCAGUCUAGGUCGCGUCUAUCGAUGGAUACAUGAAUCCGAGCUCCGCGCACAAAAUGUGACACCGGGAUAGAACAAUAUAUACAGGAAAUGGUUCCUCUUACACGUGGGUGGAUUAAUAUCCAUCUAACUAUUCUGAUGCUCUGAAAAAACAAAAAAUGAUCACCAAUCAAAUGGUUUUGUUGCUCUUGAAUGAUCAACACUGAGCUUUAGAAAU